AUAAGAAAAAGAAAGUCACGCAAAUGAAUGGAGUAUUCUCUGAAAAUAAUAGUUUUUUUUUUUCAUUAUUGGACAAUUGGCACUGAUGUGAUCGAUCCUUCUUUUGGUUCAAAAUGGCACAACAAUUAUCGAAGAAAAAUUUUAACAGUUUAAAAUUAUAAACUAUCAUUAUACAGUUGAAUGUUUCCCUAAAAAUCACACCGGAUGAUUUUCAUUUCUGUAUAGAAAUCUGGUAGGAAAUCCGUGAGAGGAAGAGAGAGCAGUAUUUCUGCAUAGCUAUUCGUACACGGAUACACUAGAUUACUUGGUAAUAAUGUGUUACUAGCUCAGUAGUCUGUCGUCAUGUUGUGAGUCAUCGAAUGCCAGUCACAGCUGUAUGCUCUAGUCUGGGAUUGCAGAAACAGACUGCGUGGAACUUUCUUGCCGCGCGCAGAUUCCUUGAGGAUCGCUAGCUUUGCGCGAAGAAAUUUCAGAGAAACUUUACAUAUCAAGUAUUAAAAAUUUUUAUUAAUUGAUCACAAGUUUAUAUCUAAUUCAUUGUCUUAUUAAUUAUUGUUUUACAUUAUUAAUAAAUAAUGUAAAACAAAUUUUCGAUGAAAAUCUUCAAUUAUAUCAUAAUCACUAUUUUAGUAGACAAAUUGGAUAUUAAUAAUGGUUAAUAGAGUAAUGAUUCAAGAAUAAAGAUGUUAUUAUAUAUAUGUGACGAAUUUAAGAAUAUUUCAUUUGACUUUGAGAGAUCUUGUACAUAGAGAUAGCUUGUUACAUGAGAUAGCUUGAACGUAACCUGCAUUCUAACUGCGGCCUUAGGAGAUGCGAUUCGUGCACUCUCCUUUAUGCAACGUUAUACCCUACGGAGCAUCGUGGCGCAGGCGUUGUGCAUUUUCCAUCCCCACUGACGCUCUGCACCCUUCUCGAGGGUAGGGAUGGGCUCGCUCACGGGGGUGGAAGUCUUCAGUGAGAGACUAAACGCGAUACCGCGCGGUACGAUCACCGUGGCGAUCGGAAUUAUACACACACACACAUACACACACGGUGUACAUAUAUCCCCCUUCCCCGUCCCUCUCCCCACACAUGUAACACGCAUAUUCAUGUAUAUACGCGGCGCGUAUAAUAUUUGUAUACAAUCUAUAUUUUUGUACCAACGGUAAUUAGAUGACUCUUUUUUGUAUUGUGAAAUACGUCCAACGGGAAGAAUCGUUGUGUAUAUAGAUACACACACACACACACACACACACACACUCACACACACAUAUAUAUGUGUAUAUUGUGUGAAGUGGUAGAACCGGCAGAGUCCACCAUUACCGAUGGGUAGGACGGAUAUGUCAAAAACGCUCAAUGCUUAUAGAAUUAAAAAAAUUGAGAACAUAGGCAGAAUGACGGCGAUGACGCAGGAGGAGAUCGUGGCUGGAGCACGGACGGUCGCUCAGGGUUUGGAGGCUCUCCGAGUCGAACAUGGUGGUCUGCUGCAGGGCCUGCAGUCCCAGGACGCGCCAGCCGCUCGGGACAAGGCUAGUCUGCUAUCCAAAAUCAUUGAGAUGAUCGACCUGGGCCUGGGCGAGGCACAGGUGAUGCAGGCACUGGCGAGUCAUCUACAGAUGGUGGAGGCGGAAAAGCAGAAGCUGAGGACGCAGGUGAAGAGGCUGUGCCAGGAGAACGCCUGGCUCAGGGACGAGCUGGCCGGCACACAACAGAAGUUGCAAGCGAGUGAGCAAGCCGUAGCGCAGUUGGAAGAAGAAAAGAGACACUUAGACUUUAUGGCCAGUAUGCGACAGUAUGACCCAGAUCCAUCAACAGAAGAUGAAAAUGCUAAGGAUCGACCGAAAGAUGAUCCUGUAGUGGAUCUCUUUCCUGAUGAUGAUGCGGACGAUCGUAAUAACAAAUCUAUAUCUCCGACUCCGCCGUCGCAGUUCGCUCAGCAAGUGAACGCCGGCUAUGAGAUACCGGCACGUCUGCGCACCCUGCACAACUUGGUGAUCCAGUAUGCAAGUCAAGGCCGCUACGAAGUGGCGGUGCCCUUGUGUAAGCAAGCUUUGGAAGAUCUGGAGAAAACCUCCGGCCACGAUCAUCCCGACGUGGCGACCAUGCUCAACAUCCUCGCUCUCGUAUAUCGAGACCAGAACAAAUACAAAGAGGCCGCGAACCUUCUGAACGACGCUCUGGCGAUUCGAGAGAAGACGUUGGGUGAAAAUCAUCCCGCGGUGGCGGCGACGUUGAACAACCUCGCGGUGCUGUAUGGAAAACGAGGAAAGUACAAGGAGGCUGAACCCCUGUGCAAACGAGCGCUGGAGAUCCGCGAGAAGGUGCUUGGUCGCGAUCAUCCGGACGUGGCGAAGCAACUGAAUAAUCUGGCGCUGCUGUGCCAGAAUCAGGGCAAGUAUGAGGAGGUGGAGCGCUACUAUCAGCGCGCGCUCGAGAUCUACGAGGUUAAACUGGGCCCGGACGACCCAAACGUCGCUAAAACGAAAAACAAUCUGGCGUCUUGUUACCUGAAGCAAGGAAAGUACAAGGAUGCCGAGGUGCUGUACAAGCAGGUGCUCACUAGAGCGCAUGAGAGAGAGUUCGGCGCCAUUGACGGUGACAACAAGCCGAUUUGGCAGGUGGCUGAAGAGAGAGAAGAAAAUAAGCACAGAAACAAGGAGAACACCCCAUACGGCGAGUAUGGUGGUUGGCACAAGGCCGCGAAGGUGGAUUCUCCUACCGUCACUACUACUUUAAAGAAUCUCGGUGCCCUUUAUCGAAGACAGGGUAAAUACGAAGCCGCGGAAACGCUCGAGGAUUGCGCCAUGAGAUCUCGGAGAGAGCACGUGCAACAAGCAUUGGAGCUAGUGAGGAAAUCUGUCCCACCUGUGGUACAGACGCUGCUGGGCGACGAGAAGAGCUCUACCAGACGUGGCUCGCGAUCCAGUCUGGCGAAUAGCGAACAUGAACAAAGUCACGAAGAGGCGAACAGUCCGCUAUCACUGGUGCAAAAGGCGCUACAUGAAGGACAGUCAGCGGUGAGCAGUGGCCAGCACCAACAUGACGCUAGUCCAAACAAACCCGGGUUUAAAAACAAGAUCUUCCAAGCUUUUGGCAUUCACUCGUCAUCUACAUAGACCGAGUGGAUUCCAUUUUCCGUUUUCUCGUUAGCUUCUAUUCCGCCUUUAAUUCGUCAAGUCCGUUCUCUUCAGCUGCGUAUCCCUGUAUUUUUUUUUUCUAACAGUUUUUAUCUAUCCUCUUUUACUUUCUAAUACUUUCUUAUAACACUUAUCUCGUCUUAUUGUUGAAUGCAGAAAAA